UGGGAUGUUCCCAGGCACACAGACCCUUGCGUUGCCCCUCACCACCAGCCGCCGGUAUAAAUACGCCGCUAACCCCCCCACUUCUUGAACCCUUCUCUCCUUUUUUCUCCCUCCCCCCGUCACACAACCCAAGGGUCGCAAAGCUGUUGCUGGAGUUGUCUCAGGAGUUUUCUCUCUCUGGGAUAACGCCGCCCGGACCCCGUCAAUCGUUUUUUUGUGCGUCUAUCCUUUACACUCUUUUACCUCCGAGUCCUUCCUUCUCUUUCGUCGCUCUCUUAUCGCUUGGAAACGGUGGCGUCUGUCUUUCCCUUCGCCAUCAUUUCCUAUUCCCGUGUUCGUCGGGCACCUGUACCAUAAUCCCCUCGUCAACUUACAGUCAAAUACCGCAAACCGCCGAACCGCAGACCGCCACCAUGUUCAAGCGCUCGUUUCGAAGCCGCGACGCCAGCACCUCCCAGCGGGAGGCUGCCUCGACGACGAUGGAUUCGCAACACCGAGUGGACAAGUCUGCGAGGCUGACGAGGAGGGCUGCCACGCGGGAUCCGCAGAAAGUGUCGAAACUGCAGCGGUCGCUCCGGGGCGACGAGGCCUCGCGCAUGCAGACUUCGCAGGCGAGGCUCGAUGACAAGUCCCUCGCGCCCUCGCCCAUCAUCACCCUAGUGGUGGGCAGCGAGGCGCGGCUGUUCGCAGCGCACGAGAACGUGCUGUGCCAGGCGCCUUUUUUCGAGAAGGUCCUGCGCGGCACCUAUGUCGAUGCGCAGAAUCGGAGGAUCUCGCUCCCGGACGAGGAGCCGGAGGUCUUCAGCGCGAUCCUCGAGUAUCUCUACAAGGGCGACUACUAUCCCCGCCUGCUGCUCAACAAGCAGCGCAACUCAUGGGAACUCGAGGACGCGCUGCCCCCUCGUCGGGCCACCCCGCAAGCCUCCCCGACGAUUCACGAAACCCUAAAGCUCGGAGGUGGUCGCGCAGGGCAGACCCCCCAGACCCCUUCGGCUGUCGAGGCGACCGUGUACCUCCCGAGCAUCGGUCAGUACGUGCUCCGCGACACGGUCAUCUACUGCGCCGCGGAGCGCUACGGGCUCGAGGAGCUCAAGAGGCUGGCGCUGCGGAAGCAAGGGUUGCAGUCCGGCAUCGACGUCGGCACGAUCCUCCGCAGCGCGCAGUACUGCUACGCCAACACGCCCGACUCGGACAGCCGCCUGCGCGCCCAUUACCUGGCGCUCAUCAUCCGGUGCCGCAAGACCUUCAAGCGCAGCGGCACCAUGCAGGCCGAGAUGGAGAAGUGCGGCAGCGACGUGUACGGCCCGGGAAGCGGGAAGCUGUUCUUCGACCUGUUCGUCGCCAUGUGCAACCACCUCGACGACGUCAUCGAGGCGAGCAACGCGCGGACCCCGAAGACGAUCUGAGAGGCCGGGUCACAUUGUACAUUGAUGCGUAACGGACGGGUUUCUGGCGUUCCACGGCGUAAUUUGGGGAUACUCACAAGUAGGGAACGGCCAACGAGGGUUGCGUCUUUCUCUGCUCUUCCAACAUCCGGCGUUUGGGUCUUUUCU